GGAUGGUGUAAACGUGACUAGACUUUUCAAAAUUUUAGUCCUAGUUUACCACCAACGACAAAAUAUAGGUAACCGCUGAUCAUUUUGAUCAGGGGGACCAUGGGUGUAAACAAAUGGUGUGUGGCGUACGUUUAACGGAAAAGAUUGUAAGUAACGUUUUCGUGUUUAACCAUUUGUGUAUGUGCCUGCCAUUUUAACGAACCAAUAAAUUAUUUUGUUUUAGUAUGCAGCAAAUUUAAAGAUAUUAAAUAUGGGCUGUAUUUAAAAUAACCCUGUUGAACAUAACCUUACUUUGGGUAUUAUCCAUGUUAUUACCGUGGGGCAAAAUGAAAUUUAGUUUUGUAGCAUUUUAAAGUAUAAAAUUACGAAAAAGUACAUUAAUUGCGAGUUAAUGUAAUACAUUUAUAUAUGCACUACGGUAUUACAAGUUUUAUGUGUUUGAGAAACUAUUAUAAACAAGAAACAGUCAUGAAGAAAUGGCAAAUUUCUACGGAGACUUGGCAAAUCAAGUUGGAAGUGAUGGCGAAUCCCAAAUAUCCGAUGUGGAUCCUACACAACUGGCCAAGAUGGUGCAGGAUGUUGAUAAUUUGGAGGAUAGUCUCUUUGCUUCUUCUUUCAGUAAAAAACAAGAAAAGUCAUCUUCUGCAAAAACUGCUGUUAAAUCUGCUUUGAAGUCUCCCUCAUAUGAUGGAAGUACUGAGAGACUACAGAAGUCUCAUGUGACAUUUGAUUCUCCAGACAAGUCAUUUGGGAAAUCUGUUAGUAAGAAGCCAAUAAAGAAGAAUAUAGACUUUGGAGAUUUUAAUGCUGAUGAUCCUUUGGAUGGUUUACUGUCAGACGAAGAUGACUUUUAUGAUAAGAAAAAGAAUACUGGUGUCUUUAAAAGUAAUACAGCAGAAUCUACUGGAAAACAGGAGUCAGGAUAUGACCCUUCAGAACCCAAGAAGAAGCAAAACAGAUCCAAAGUGGUAGCAGAACUUUUUGGCCUGGAGGAAGAGAAGAAACAGCCACAGCAGUCUCAGAAUGAUGGGGACUCUUCAGCCAGCUGGUUGGGUUUGAAGGAUUCCCUGCCUGCUGAGAACAAGACGCCAGAAGUAGCAAAAUCAUCCAGUAAAACACCAGAACAUGUAUUAGGAAGAUCAGCAACAAAGCAAGCCCCAGCUUCUAGGAAAGCAGGCAGUAGAAGUGGCGGUGAUGAUGAUGGAGAUCUUUUGGCAGGAAUGGGUUUUGGAAGUGAGGUGCAUGGUGCUGCAGGCAGACAGCCCAAAUCCAAACUGGAUGAGGUACUUGGUAAAAAUGCACCUGGCAAUGAAGUAGCUGCACCUCCACUAACCAUUUUGGAUGAUUUGUUGGGAAAGAAGAAAUCAUCUGGUGACAGGAUGUCUGCAGGUGGAAAUGCUCUGCACCCAACACAGAUCCACGAGCCUGCAAGUGGUGUGUCAUUUGGAAAUUAUUCACCAUCUGUGUCAGCUUCUGGUCGUCGCCCCACUUCCCGACGUAAUUCAGGCACGGCCAUUGUCCCGGAUCCUUUGGGGAUCUUGUCCACUGUACCAUCUCCAAACAAAGAGAAUCGCCAUUUGUCUUCCAGCAAUCUGGGUCAUAAGACAGUUGACUGGCUUGGUGUUUCUGUUAGAGGGGCUCCUCCAGUUACAGCUACCAAUUCUGACUCCCCGGAGAGACGUCAGAGGAUUUCUGGAGGUAACCAGCCGCUUCCUGUCUGGCUGAGAGGUGGAGGGACAGUUAUGGCUGAACCACCACACACCCAGCCUGAACCAGCAAUGUCAGUGUCAGGAAAAGCAUUUGUAGUACCAGCUACAGCAUCAGUGUCCUUAUCACAACCCAUGGCCACUGGCAUGGAAGUGCUGACUACAGGAUCACAGAUGGACCAACAGGUAGUGGCAGCACUGCAGCAUCAGGAGAUGCAACUGUUAACAGCAUUGCAUAUGAAGCAGCAUGAAGAGCGACUGUCUGCCCUUCAAGUGCGCCAGCAGGAAAUUUUACAGCGCCAAGAACAGCAGCUGGAGGAGCUGAUACGUCGACAAAUUGAACGUCAAGAGCAGCUUGAUGUGCACAUGAGAUCACAGCAGGAACGCAUUGGUGCACACAUACAGUUGCUGCUUGCACAGCCAGUUACGGAUCCAGCGAUUGCACCUACGGUUGUAACUCCAUCUUCUGCAGUGAAUAAUGAGAGUCAGGCUGCAGUGGAGCAAGUAAGAACUGAGAGCAGGCAUCUUGAGUCAGUCCUGGAGAGCCUGAAGGCUAAACAUUUGGAGGAGGUGCAACUUCUUGAAGAAUCUUACAGUCGACAAAUUGCAAUGCUGGAAAGUACUUCUAAGAGACAGGAGCAGCGACUGCGUGCUGAAAAUGAGUGCUUAGAGAAGGAGUACCAGGCCAAGAUCAUAAGAAUACAGGAGGAACAGGCUUCUCUUAUUGAACAGCAUCAUUUGAGGUUAAGAGCGCAACAGAAGGAGCAUGCGGAGGAAUUGCAGCAGUUGAGGGAAUUGCACCAUCAGGAUCUGGAAGAGGCUCGUAAGCAGCACUCGGACAUGUUGGAGCACCUGAAUAGAGCACGUACUAUGGAGAAUGAUGCCCUAAAAGAAGCAUCAUCAUACUCCAGAAGUCUUCAUGCAGCUGUGGAGCAGUUGGGACAGAACAGCCAACAGUUGAGUGGGCUGCAGACAGAACUUAGCAGUCAGCACCAUAGCCACCUGGAUAUACGAGAAGUAACUCUGCAGGCACGAGAGGUGGAGCUCAGAGUUGCACGAGAAAAUUUGGGAAAGCAGAGGACAGCCUCAGAGGAAGAAAGAAAAAGGUUGAUUGGCCUGGUUUCACAGCUUGAGCAGAAACUUGCUGAACAGAAACAGAAUGCUGAAGAGGAGAGGUGGAACUUGCGCCAAGAAGCAGCACGCCUGGAUGCUACGGCCAAGGCCCUUGAGAAGGAACGAGAACGAGCCAUGCAGCAGAUUGACAGAGAACGGCAAGAACUACAGAGUUUGAAGGAGUCAAUGUUAUCGGAGCAGCAGACUUUAAGCCAGCAGCUUCAGCAAGAAAAAUUGAGCCUGGCUUCAGAGAAAUCUCGUCUUGAGACAUUGGCUCGACUACACGGUACUCCUUCUCCUGAUAUUUUGAAGCUUCGUGCAGAACUGGAGGCUGGGCUAGAAGUAGUACAGGAAGCUAGUCAGCAGGCACAAUCAGAGUGUGAGAAAAUAAGGAAUCAGCAUCGUCGUCUGGAAGAAGAAAAGAGACGUCUGGAAGAUCUUGAACAUGAUUUAACAUCAAGAGCACGUGAGCUGGAAACCCUGUCACAGAUGGCUGUUGCAACCAAAGCAGAAGGUAAAUGGGCACUAGAAGAAGCCCGCAGGAUUGAGAAGCAACGUUCUGAGCAGACUGCUGAUAUCCAGAAACAGCUAGUUGAACUGCGAGAUCGUGAGAAGAGAUUGGCACAGGAGAAGGUGCUUCUGUCACAAGAACGUCUAGCAUUGCAGAAUCUGAGGGGCCAGGAUCUUUGCUCAUAUUGCCGUCGCUCCAAAACAGUUAUGUUGUCACCUCCCCCCACUCCUCCUGACCUUGACAAGAGAUUUGUGGACCCAAAGCUGAUAAUUAUGAAGCUCGCAGCUGAAGAUGAAGCCAGUCGACUGGAACAAGACUCCCGCUUCUUCAGUGCCCAGUUUUCAGCAAGCAAAUGAACAGCUGUGCUGAGCUUUUUGGGCUUUUGUUCAUUCGAACCAUUUAUUUCUGCAAUCCGAAAUGUUGUCGGUAUUCUCACUGUAGUGUUACAGUGUCACAUUACAGAUGCCAAUCUGAGUACUGACCGUUACAUUGAAGACUGAUCCAAUGGCAAGCCCCAGUCCUU